UAGAGAUUGCAGGAACAAGACCUAUACACAACGUGCAUAUUUAGACCACAUGUUUAUUUCUCGGGACUGCAGCAACACUCUCGGUUUUUAAAUAAAUUUCUCCGUUUAAUAAACGUCUGAGCUUGUGCAAGCUAUAGCAUUGGGACGAAAAAAAUAAAAACAUCCGGAAGACUAAACACCUCCAUAUGAUCGUAUGCUGGAGAAGUUGUAACCUGCGAUAAGCAUGGAUCCUGAGCCGACGUGUCCCGGCAGCUUGCCAGUGGAGGAGAAGACAAUAGUCAAGCAAGAACUGGAAACGGAACAUUCAUCGUGUACGCUUGCUGUUGAGUCACUUUCAGUAAAUGCUGCAUCAAUAUCAGCAGCUCCGUCUGAAAAUGACGGCUACGGAAUGAUCAAAAUGGAAGACGAUUGCCUGCCUGGUAUUCCGUGCACCCCAAUGAACACUGAACCGGCAACAACUCUUUCACAGGUUGGAAGUUGCAGCCUGACCGCAAAAACUGAACCUGCAUCAAUAUCACAAGCUCCGUCUGACAGUGAUGGCCGCGGAAUGAUAAAAAUGGAAGACAAGCGCCGGUCUUGUAUUCUGUACACCCCAAUGAACACUGAACCGGCAACAACUCUUUCACAGGUUCAUAGCUACAGCCUGAGCAUAAAAACUGAAAUUGAAGACUCGGAUACUUCAAGAGAAGCUGAAACAGCGAUUGACCAGUUGUUGCCGAGUUUCGAAAACACAUCUCAAAUUCCUACAGGCGAUGCCUUCCAAAGUGUCUCGGUGAAACAGGAAGACUUGCCAGAGAAAUCGGAAGAAACGAGACAAGAUUCUGAGGAUUCUGAAGAUGAUUCGUCAACGUCUUCAUCAUCGUCAACGUCAUCGUCGGAGAGUGAGAGUGAUACGGAAGAAAGCAGCUCGUCUUCUGACUCCUCAAGCUCGGAUGAUGAGAGACGUGCACCCAUCCGAGGUGCAAGGCACAGUGAUAGUGAGGAGGAUUUUCCAGACCGACUUGCCCUGCCUCCAAAAACCGCGAAGGAAGUGCUAGUCAUGGAUUUACCGCCAGUGCAACCUAUAGAUGUGGUUCUGGAUUCGACUGAAGAGCUCAAACCUGUCGGGGUCGUCUCAAGUAUCAUCGGCCAGCUCGUCGUGAUUCAAUCGAGUCUUGGCGUUGAAGCCCUGGAUUCUGACACGGUCUUGUUCCGGGACGACAGACAAGCCAUUGGAGUGAUUUUUGAAGUGUUUGGCCCUGUGAUAGCCCCGCUGUACACUGUCCGAUUCAACAAUUUGACCGACGUCCAAGAUCUCAAGAUUGAGUUAAAGAUGCCAGUCUUCUUUGCUCCGAGAAUCCCUGACAUGACGACUUAUGUCUUCACACAGAGACUCAAGCAGUUGAAAGGUUCCGAUGCAUCGUGGGAAAAUGACGAGGAGCCCCCUGCGGAGUGCGUUGAGUACAGCGACGACGAACAAGAGCGUGCCGUAAAGAACAAGAAAAAGAACGACAAGCGCAAGAGAAAAACUCCAAAUCCGAGCCGAAACAACAUGCAGGAUGUUGUCAUGGCAACGGACGAGAGCUUGCCGUCAAGGCAUCAGUUUCCAUCAGGCAAUCGCCACGGUUACCAUGAAUCGACCAAUCAACAUAGACCACGAGGAAGAGCUGCCUUUGAUGCCAGACCGAGACAACCAUUCCAAAACUGGAGAGGGCGGGGGAUGCCACGCCCACCAUUUGGACCCCAUCAUCCGAGACCCCCUUUUGGCCCACCCUGGCAUCCACAAGCGUACCAACAGCAUGGAUCAUCCUUUAAUCCGGAUCAAUUCAUGGGAUUACCAGGUACAUUUAAUCCACAGGGCCCCGCCCCUUAUGGGGACUAUUCUUUCCCGCCCCCACCUCCGCCUCCACCUAAUCCCCACCCCAACAGUUUUAACCCCCCUCCCCCACCCCCACCCCCACCCCCUCCAGGUUAUCCCAAUAUGCAUAAUCACCCACCCCCGCCCCCACCUCCCCCUCAGCCUACUACCAUGCCACGCCCAUUCCCCGGAAAUAAUUACCACACCUAUAUUUAAUUUAUAUCAUCCCGACGCAAAAUUCCAUCUUAUGAAUAGUUAAU